AUGCCGCUCAAUGAUCUCCAAAUUCAACUUAUCAAGGCCACCGUCCCCGUGCUGGUGGAUCAUGGUCAAACUAUCACUACAACCUUCUACAAGAACAUGCUAGCAGCUCACCCCGAGCUCAAUAACGUAUUCAACAUUCCCAAUCAGCAGAAUGGCCACCAGCCUCGGGCUCUAGCUGGUGCAUUAUUUGCUUACGCCUCAAAUAUCGAUAACCUUGGGGCGCUGAGCCCAGCGGUGGAGUUGAUUUGCCACAAGCAUGCGUCGCUGUACAUCCAGCCCGAGCAGUACAAAAUUGUCGGCAAAUAUCUGCUUGAAGCUAUGGGAGAAGUUCUGGGGGAUGCCCUCACUCCUGAAAUCAAAGACGCUUGGGGGGCGGCGUACUGGCAGCUGGCAGACAUCAUGAUUGGCCGCGAAAGCCAAAUUUAUCAACAGAGUGAAGGUUGGACGGAUUGGCGAGACUUUAAGAUUGCAGACAAAGUCAAGGAGUCUGACGAAAUUACCUCGUUCUAUCUUUCCCCUACUGACGGGAAGCCACUACCAACUUUCAAUCCUGGCCAGUAUAUUUCGGUCCUGGUGAACGUCCCAGAGCUAAAAUACCUGCAACCUCGUCAGUAUUCGCUCAGCGACAAGCCAUCCCCUGAAUACUACCGUAUCAGCGUGAAGAGGGAGAAGGGCUUGAGUAGCUUCCAACCUGAUGCUGCCUCUCAUCCUGGCUAUGUAUCUAACAUUCUCCACGAUACAUUCAACAAGGGUGACACCAUCAAGGUGUCGCACCCGGGUGGUGACUUCUUCCUUUCGACAGCAGAGGAUGUUACUUUCCCAAUAGUCUUAAUAUCUGCUGGUGUUGGUCUAACGCCAUUGACUUCCAUGUUGAACGCCCUCACCUCGAAGUCGAGUGCGGGCCGAAAACUGCAUUUUAUUCACGGUGCCCGCACCUCGGGGGUUCGAGCCUUCAAGGAACGUAUCUCAACCCUCACGACCGUAUAUCCUGACCUCCAAUCUACCUUUUUCACUAGCCAGCCGUCACCGGAGGAGAAACAGGGAAUCGACUAUAGCUACAUUGGCCAUGUCGAUCUUAGCAAAUUGGACCCGACAAAAGACCUUUUCCUCGACAACUCCCGUACCGAGUACUAUGUCUGCGGGCCCGAGACCUUCAUGACAGAUAUCGAGAGAAGCCUGCGGGCUUUGGGUGUUGGUGAGGAUCGCACUAAAAUGGAGCUUUUUGGAACAGGCGGUGUGCCUUCUUUGUAA